AUGUGGAGUCCCACCAAGGCAAAGGGAGCGGCAGCCGCCAAGAAGCCCGAGCAGCAGCUCUUCCUCGCCGCCGUGUACGCGCUCUGCCUCGCCGCCGCCGUCGUGGGCCUUGCCCGCACACACCUGCUGCACAACUUCCGCGCCUCCCCGCUGUGCGACGGCGCCAGCUGCUCCGUCUCCUCCUCGCUGCGCGGCGCCCAGCAGCUGCUGCGCGAGGCGGCCCGCAAGGUGGCGGCGCAGCACUCUGAAGCCAUGGCCCUGGGCAUCCCCGUGCAGCGCCUCAAGUACGAGAAAAGCAUGGCCGGCGCGCCUUCUGGCGGCGGAGAGGACGAGGAGGAGGAGGGCGGCGGCGCGGACGCGGUGUUGGAAGAGGUGGAAGAGGAGCUCGCGGCGGCGGGGGCCGACGGCCGCAGCCAGCCUGCCGGCACGCAGCGGAGCGAGGAGGAGGAGGAGCAGGAGGAGCAGGAGGUCGAGGCCGGCAGCUCGAGGCAGGAGCCACCGGGCGGCGAUGAGGAGGGGGCGGAAGGGGAGGAGGAGGAGGAGGAGGCCGGCCGCACGUCGGCGCCCUCUCCCUACCAGCUGGCAGUAGAGGACUGUGCCGACCUGGCCUGCCUCAGCAAGGCGGGCAGGCUGGGCAUGCACCCCGGCCAGUUCCGCUUCCCCAGCUUCUUCAUCAAGUGCGCCACCACCUCGCUGUUCUGGCACCUCAAGAACCAUCCGCAGGUUCUGGCAGCAGACAACAAGGAGCCCGAGUUCUUCAGCGACGACUGCGGCUACGACCCGGCCGCCUGCAGCAGGAAGGACACGCGCCGCUACCUGUUCGAUACAAUGAGGCUGGGAGAGGCGGUGGAGGGCGGCAUGCGUGCGGCGGCGGUGGAGGCAUCCACCCAUUACGGCCGCAACGGCCACCUGCUGGCGGCGCCGGUCUUCCCCUGGCUCAAGGUCAUCAUUUCCAUGCGGGAGCCCAUCAGCCGUGCCAUCUCCAUGCUUGCGCACAACCUGGACAAGCACGGGUCGGGCUGCCUCACCAAGGACAGCGUGUUCAAGUGCCUGGAGCGGGACCUGCAGCGGGACACGUACGGCAGGCCCUUUGCCGCCUGGCUGGACGCAUACCCGCCAGACCAGGUCUUCCUCAUCCAGUACGAGAACAUCACCUCCACCGCCCAUGGCUCCGACGUGCUGCAUGCAAUCAAGAACCGCCUGGGGAUCGACCCAGAGCUGCCCGGCUCCGACCUGGGCAUCCGCAACACGCGGGAGUACCACCUGAUGCGCAAGGGGGAGCUCAAGGAGGGGGAGCAGGCCGAUGGCUGGCCCAUGAAGAAGUGGCAGUACCAGUCGCUGGUGGACAUGGUACGGCCGGACGCACAAACGGUGGCUGACCUGGCUGACCGGCACGGCCUGGCUGACGGCAGGCAGUGGAUGCGGAACUGGGAGGCAGAGUGGAAGGCGACGCUGGAGGAGUGCGGCGCCGACGGCAACUGCGUCGUGUUCCCGAACUGA